ACACAACCGUCCAGUAUUGGUACAAUAUCAACAUACGCAGGAGGCGUCUGCGUCGCACGAGUUUUACUAGCAGAUUUUAUUUUCAAAAUAUAAUUAAGCCUCGCGCUUUGUUUUUUGUUGUUCGCUGCUGUUGAAACACAAGCCGUAAACGUGACUCGAAUAAAAGCUCUGUCGCGCUUGUCAACGCAGCAACAACAGCAAUAGCUAAAGCUUCGUUUCGUGCAUUUGCCCCUCGCAUAUUUUUGUUCGCUGUCUUUAUUUUGUGCUGUCUUUCGUGCGCGCAUUUCCAUGGAAAACGUUAAUUUUUGUUUAAUUUAUGCGAAAUUACACAAAACUAAUGCGAGGAAUAUGUAACAAAAUAAACGCUGGCAACAACAACAAGCGACAACGAAAGGGUAAAAACGCAAGAAAAAUUUGUGCAAAAAACUGUGACGACGAAAGCAGCAGCAGCAGCAGCAGUAUAGGAAAAGAGCAGUUAGCGGGGCAGCAGUGCGGAUUGUGCAUUAGUGUUUGCGUGUGUGCGUGUGUGGGGGCCCAACUAAAUUAAUAUUAAGCGGUCUCCUCCUGCCCCUCAAUUCGUCUCGAUUAUGACGGCGAUGAUGGCCAAUUUCCAUGUACAACGUUGCCGCAUCUCGAGCCAGCUGCUAUUUGUGCGAGUGUAAACAAAGAGGCACACACACACAUACACAUACAUACAAAGACAACGCAGACGGCGCCGUCGACGUCGACGUCCUUCACCUUGCGCCUGCUGCUGCGGCUGUGACUGCGACGUCUGUCCAAGCUGUGCACACAUAUUGAGUUUCAGUUUCAUCUUCACAACCUGUUUACCAGCAAGACAGGAAGUUUCGCAAAGUGCAGCAGCCGACAACAACAAUAACAACGACAACGGAAGCGUCAACGCUUCGCUGAGCCACAGCCUGUGACUUUAUUCGGCCAGCAGCGGCUGCAGCUGCUCCCAAAAAAAGAAAAAAAAAUCCAAAACCACUCGACAGAAGCUCGCUUUGUACACCGAAUAAUGGGCUCGCCUGCGGGUGGCGACGGCGGCGUAAGCGAGACGGCUUGGCUGGAGGAUCUGCUGCGCGAGGUGCAGCUGGAGCAGUUCCUGGAACGCAUACGUGAUGAUCUGCAGGUGACUAGGCUGGCGCACUUUGACUAUGUCCUGCGCGACGAUCUGGAGCGCUGCGGGCUGGGCAAGCCUGCCAUUCGCCGGCUGAUGGAUGCGGUGCGCAAGAAGAAGGCGCAUCAGUGGCGCAAGAAUAUACUCUCGAAACUGAUCGGUGGGGGCAAGCAACCCUCGUCCAAGAAGCAGCAGCAACAGCAGCAGCAGCACAUGCAACCGGGCGCGUUGACGUGCCUGAUCCACGAGAAGGACAUCACGCUGGGCUUGAAGCUGGGCGAUGGCUCCUUUGGUGUGGUGCGACGUGGUGAGUGGAGUGCCUCGCCGUCUGGCAAGGUGCUCCAGGUUGCCGUCAAGGUGCUCAAGUCGGACAACCUGACCCAGCCGGGCAUUAUCGAUGACUUCUUCCGCGAGGUGCAGGCCAUGCACGCCCUCGAUCACUCGAACCUGGUGCGUCUAUACGGCGUGGUGCUCUCUCAGCCCAUGAUGAUGAUAACGGAGCUGGCGGAACGUGGCUCGCUGCUGGACACGCUACGCAAGCAGUGCCGCCACACCUCGUUGACCCACAUCUGGAACUGGUCCGUGCAGAUCGUCACUGGCAUGGCCUAUCUGGAGCAGAAGCGCUUUCUGCAUCGUGAUCUCGCCUGCCGCAAUGUUCUGCUGGCCGCUGGCAAUAAGAUUAAGAUUGGAGACUUUGGUCUCAUGCGUGCUCUGCCCCAGGAGGACGACUGCUAUGUAAUGUCCGAGCACAAGAAGGUGCCGUUUCCCUGGUGUGCGCCCGAGUCGUUGCGCUUUCGUCAAUUCUCGCAUGCUUCGGACACCUGGAUGUUUGGUGUGACGCUGUGGGAGAUGUUUAGCUUUGGAGAGGAUCCCUGGGUUGGGCUGAACGGAUCGCAGAUCUUGCGCAAAAUCGACCGAGAGGGCGAGCGACUGCAUCAGCCGGAUGCCUGUCCUCCUGAUGUCUAUGCCAUGAUGCUUCAGUGCUGGGACAAGACGCCAGCGGAACGGCCCACGUUCGCAGCACUCAAGGAAUACCUGGCCAGCAUGUCGCCGCCUGUGAUGCGCGCCUCGCGCAGCUAUCAUGAUGCCAAGGGCCUGCAGAUCGAGCCGGGCGAUGCCAUUGCCAUCAUCGAUGGCCGCUCGGAGCUGAAGCUUAUCAAGGGCCAAAAUCAGCGCACCUUCGACAUUGGCAUCUUUCCGCGCGCCCUGCUGGAGCAGCGUCGCCAGAACGAGGUUCAAAUGCGCGGCAACAGCUCAACGCAUGGCUCGUCCUUUGGCCUUUGUUGGGGUGGUGGUGCAGGUGCUGGUGGUGCGGUGCUGUCCAACAGCGAAGAGCGACAGCGCAAGUGCGCCUCUCUGAAGCCGCAGGGAACGCCGCCAUCGCAUGGCAAGGAUGCACAUGCCAAGGAGCGCAAGUCCAUAUCGAGCAAGCAGUUCGCCUACAACAAACUCGUCAACGAUUCGGCUGGGCUGCAGCGGCGCAAUGCGGUCAAGACGAAGAGUUUGGUGGGUCCACAGCGACCGCCACCGCCGCACCAGCAGGAGGAGGGCAUACUGAUCGACAUCUCGCCAGAGAUGCGACCGACCGCUGGCUUGGGUAUGGGCGACAGCUCCUCGCUGCAGUUGGACAGUAGCUUCUGCCUGCUGGAUGCGCCCAUUGAUGUGCCGACGUUCAAUGAGAGUGGUGCGGGCACAAGCUAUUCCUCGGGCCCCAACACGCCCACCUACUUCAACGAACAGCCGCAGUUUGACUUCGAGGCGAACGGCGCCUCGCCCGCUCGACUGCAGCCGCCGCCCUAUCAAAUGCCGCCCACCUACUCCAACACCAUGGAGUUUGCGCAGCAGCAGAAGCGUGAGCAGCAGACGCCCGUACGGGAUCCGUUCGAUACGAGCAGCCUGGAGGCUUCUAAUGCUGGCGCUCUAAUGCUCUACUCGAAUGCGCCAACUCCUGACCCAGUGGCUGUGGUUGCUCCCAUCUAUGGCAGUCCGGCCGCGCGCAAGAAUCUCUUUGGCAUGUCCAAUGGGCAUGCGAACAAGGAGAACAUUCCUGCCCUGGAGUCCGCUGCCAUGCAAUAUAAUCUCAGCAAUCUCUCCUUGGAGCGGCAUGAGGUGGUGCAGCAACAGCAGCAACAGCCGCCUGCUUCAUCGGAGAGCGUGUUGCUGGACAAAUCCUUUAUAGCCGAGCUUGAGAAGGACAUGUACAGCAGCAGCAACAAGGCGCAGGAGGAUUACCAGCGCAACUCGGCGCAGAUGUAUGCCAACAAAGAGAUCGUCUACAAGCAGAAUCUCACGCCUCUGAAGAAUGCCGCUGGCAGUGGGAAUCACUCGAAUCACUCCAGUCCCACCUCCAAUGCCAGCCAGGCUUCGCCCACACCCAAACAAAACAAUGUGGAGACUGCCGCAGCCGCAGCAGCAGCAGCCGCCACCACGAGCACGCAGAGUCUAGUGAAUCGCAUCUGGUAUGAGCGUGUGGCAGCCACGCCCUCCGAGUAUUACGCCCAGCCGCCGCCCGAGCAGCCGGAGCAACUGUAUCAAAAUCAUCUGCACUCACUGCAAUUGCAGCAGCCUGAGACGAAUCACUCCUUUGUGGCCAUCUCCAAUCGGGUGGUGGCUCCCAAGAGCAGCAGCGUCUAUGCCUCUAGCGCCUCGCUCUAUGGCAGCAUAGCAGCCACUGGCAGCGAGCGCUAUGAUCCCGUGGCUGCUAGCAUGGCCGGAUCCGCCUAUUACGGCCAGGUGCCCAAUGGUGCCAAUGGUGGUGCAGCCAUCUAUGAUGAGGUGCCGCUGGAUGAUUAUCUGCGUCCCCAUCGCCCGGCGCCGUUGGCACCGCCUCCACUCUCGGCACAGCAGAUUCAGCGGCGUCUGGACAAGAUGCGCCAGCAGCAGCAACAGCAGCUCGAGGGCGCCCAUCAGCUGUACGCGCCAGUGCCGGCAGAGGCGCAGCGGGAGCAGGAGAAGCUACAGCAGCUGAUGCUUGAGCUGGGCAGCGCCGCCGUUGAGCAGGAUGUGCGCAAUGCGUUGCGCGCCGCCAGCGGCGAUGUCCAACUUGCAAUGAGGCACUAUAAGAUCGAUCAGCUGACUCGGCUGGGCGUAGCCGGCAGGCCGCAAUGCGAGCAGGCGCUGCAGCAGACCGGCUGGAGUUUGGAGCUGGCUGCGGAGGUGCUGCUGCAGCAGAGUUAAAGAGGACGAGCCAAUUAGCUAGCAGUUCGGGCACAACAUAUUAGCUUGAUAUAUAAAUUAGUAUUUGACCUUGUCUAUUUUAUAUUUAUUAACAAAUAAGUCUCGAAUCUUUGCGAAAUACUCUCGAACUAAAAUGAAUGAAUACCAUUUUCAGCAAAUGGAUCAAAUGUCCAAUGACUGCAAACACACACACACACAAAAGCAUAUAUAUAUAUUCUGUUCUAGCUUAAGCAACAAUUUGAAAUGAAUUUUUGUAAUUGUUAUUGCAUCCUAACUGUAUAUAAUUUAAUGCAAAAUUUAUGAAUUGCACUUAUGUAUGCAACAAUUAACGACGCAAGCUGGAAACUGCGAAAAUACUAAUGAAGAAUGUCCGCUAUUUAGUUAGUUAUUAAAUAAAUAAAUUAUAUGUAAUUGUUACAAAA